AUGGCAGAUUGGUUUAAAGUUGCUGUCGAACGAAAAUAUAUUAAAUUAUUCGAGUAUGGAUCUUUUGAGAAUUUGGAAAUAAUCGGUCAAGGAGGGUUUGGCAAUGUGUUUAGGGCUCAUUCUAAUGAUAUAGGCCAAGUAGUAGCUUUAAAAGAAUUACAUAAUAAUUCCACAAGUAAGAAUGAAGAUUCGUUUCGUGAAUUCGAAAGAGAA